AUGUUGCAAAGGGCAGCAACAAAUGCAUAUACAUGGUGGUGGGCCAGCCACGUCAGGACAAAACAAUCCAAAUGGCUGGAACAAAGCCUCCAAGAUGUGGAGGACAAGGCUGCAGAGGCCCUCCAAAUCAUUGAUCAUACCGGGGACUCGUUUGCGCAAAGGGCGGAAAUGUACUACAAGAAGAAGCCAGAAUUGCUAAAUUUUGUGGAAGAAACCUUAAAAGCAUAUAGAUCAUUGGCACAGAGAUUUGAUCAUAUUUCAAAGGAGCUCCAAACAGCGAAUCGCCAACUUGCCACAGCGUUUCCAGAACAAGUCCAGUAUAGAAUGGAUGAUGAUGAUGAAUUUGAUGUAACUUUUCCUGCAAGCAAUGCAUCUUCGCAGGAAACACACAAUCAAACACAAAAAUCAGACAUUUCUAAGGCUGCAAGUGUGAGAAAGCAGAACUUGAGGAGCUAUUCCAUGUUGCUGUCUAGAAAGGGACCAUCUAGGAAGAUUGCUGGCUUUGAAAAAUAUGCCCCAACAAUACCAAUUUGUGGUUUCAGUAAGGCGGAGGCGCAUGCUCAAGUUGACAAGCUUCAAAAGGAAAUUUUAGCUCUUCAGACUGAGAAAGAGUUUGUGAGGAGUUUGUAUGAAGGUUCCUAUGAUAAGUACUGGGAAAUUGAAGACCGGAUCGUAGGAAUACAGAAAAUAGUUGGUGACUUGCAAGAUGAGUUUGGAAUUUCUACUGUCAUAGAAGAUAAUGAUGCGCGAACUUUGAUGGCAACCACGGCUCUGGAUUCAUGCAAAGUGAAAUUGACUAAAUUGCAAGAAGAACAAUUGCAAUCUUCUGAAGAAGCUAAUGCAGCAUUCCAAAAGGUUAAGGAAUCUCAUGAAAGGAUUGAAACACUUAAGGAAGAAUUUCUUUCUAAACAUUCCAUUCAACUAGACCAAGGCACCGAAACAGAUCUGAGUAGCAUAGACAUAGAGGAAGAGUUGGCUGCCUUGGAAGAUGAGCCACACGAGGACGCAGAGCUUCUGAAAGAAAACAUGGAAAAUCUUGAAGAAGAUUCAGAUAUGUCCCACACUAUGACAGAAAUCGUAGAGUUGAUUGAUAAGCUUGUUAAUAAGGUUGUUUUCUUGGAAACUGCAGUCUCUUCUCAGAAUGUUUCGGUAAAAAGGCUAAUGUCAGAAGCAGAAAAACUUGAGACAAAUAUAAAAAGCUUGGAAGAGGACAAGGAAAUGCUGUUAGAUGAUUCAGAAAAAACCAAGAAGCUGCUGAAGGAAUUGGAGGAGGAAAUGAAGAGAGUUAAGCUUCUUAACAGGAAUGUCAGAAUGCAAGAAAAUAGUAUCCAAUCAAACUUCACUGAAGCUAGCAAUAAUCUUGAGAAUCUUUCAGAAAAAUUGAAGGAUGUGAAGCCAGAGGAACACUAUACACCUUACAAGAAGAGAAGUGGUGAUAACUUAGCUAUUAUGAAAGAUGUUGAGACAACAAAGGAAGAAAAGGAAGAUUAUGCCACAGAUCUAAGCAAUAUGACAGGGGAAGUUAACAAAAAGGAAGAUUAUGCCACAGACCUAAGCGAUUCGACAUGUGAAGAUAACAAGUCCAAGUCAGAAGAAAAUACUGAUCCUAUGACUGAAAGCAUUCCUGAAGUAAUAGAGCAGGAAAAGGAUGAUUUGCCUCAGACAGUUGAUAGUGUGGAUAUCAAGACGCCGGAAUCGGUUGCUGGUGAGGAAGAAGAUCAGCCUAACAUGAGGCAGAUGUUUGUCAGUGGACUGGAUGACAGAGAAAAGAUUCUGUUGGAGGAAUACACAUCAGUUCUAAAGGACUACAAGCUUGUCAAGGUCAAGCUCCAUGAGAUGGAGAAGAAAAAUUCUGAGAGCAUUAAUGAGCUGGAACUUCAGUUAAAUGAGUUCAAGAAGGUCAUUUCCAUGAAGGAUGAAGAGAUAAACAUUUUACAGCAGAAGCUGAAUAGUUCAGAAGCAAAUCCUGCUGAAGAAGCGGUUCUAGAAAACGAGACUCAGGAAGCCAGCAUGCAGGAACAAGAUGAAAUUCCAUCUUCAGCUAUGGAGGAAAGUGCUAGAAGCUCUUCUGCAGAUCAACCUGAAAUUCCAUCUCAAGGAAUGGAGGAGGAAAGUGCUAGAAGCUCUUUUGCAGAUCAACCCCAAGAUGCCGAAAACAAAGAAGAUUUGUCAACUAGCAUGUCUCCAACAACAGAAUCCAUAUUACAACAGAUUGUGACAGUAAACCAUAUUGAAGAUCACCAUAGUCCCCUUUCAGCCAUGGAAAAGAAAUUCCGUUCCUACAUCGAUGAUUUAAUGGAGGAGAACCUAGAGUUCUGGUUGAGAUUCAGCACAGCAGUUCACCAGAUUCAGAGGUUCCAAAAUUGCAUGCAAGAUCUAAAACUUGAAGUAAGGAACAUAAAGUUUAAGAAAAGGACUGAAGGGAACUUACCAAAUUCCAAUAUCCAAUCCGAAAUAAAGCCAAUAUAUAGACACCUAAGGGAGAUAAGAACUGAAUUGUCAUUGUGGCUUGAACACAAUGCAGUGCUGCAGGAGGAGUUGCAAACUAGGCAUCCAACACUGAUAAGCUUACAAGACGAAAUCGCGAGAGCGGCCAACCCGGUUUCCACCACAGAAAGAGCACAACUUAGUGAGUACCAGGCUGCAAAGUUUCAAGGUGAGGUUCUCCACAUGAAGCAAGAGAGCAACAGGAUUUUGAGUGAGCUUCAAGGAGGACUCAGUUUUGUUAAGGGGCUGAAAGUUGAAGUAGAGAAGUCUCUGGAAGAAAUGGGCCAAGAACUUGGGGUGAACAAGCCUGGCCAAGUUCCUGGACAUGUUCACAUGAAGCAGAAUCAACCAAGUAGCCGUACUAGAAUACCAUUAAGGUCAUUUUUGUUUGGAGUGAAGUUGAAGAAGCAUGGCCAAUCUUCCUCCUCCUCACGUGUAAAUGCAGCAAUGCAGAAACCAAAUCUUGAUCCAUCAGCUACUCAUGAUGCCACAUUGUAG